CAGCAAUUGAAGAAACAACUUGUUGGUGAACUGAACAAAUGUUAAAUCUGUUGACUUAAGAUGUCAUAAAGAGUGAAAGGAAAAUAUGAUGGAUAUCAAAGAACAUACUUAAACAUAAUUAUUGGUAUAUAUUAAAUAUCAAAUGAUAUAAUGUCGGAGAAGGAAAAGGAGGAUAUAUUUGUGAUACCAUUGAGUACUGUGGGGAAUGGUGUUGAUAAUGGGGGAUUUAGGACUAGCACUCCGGAGCCUGAAGUGGGUUUCUCCCUGGAGGUAGGGGAUGACAAUGUUAUGGCUGGACAAAACAAGGAAAAUGAGACAUCGUUAGGGCAUGGAUUAUCUCUACCCGUCACCUCCACUUUGGCUCCUGAUAAUGUCCAAAAUGGUUCAAUGUUGGCGUUAGCUGACCCAAACCCUACCCCUUUAAGUGAUAUCAGUACCACAGAUAGUCAGUAUGAAUUAGUAAAAGGAAAAACAGAGGUGAAUGAACUGAUUGAAAUUCAAGGUCAAGCUGGACUUGAUUUGGAAAAUGUUGAAAAACGUGAAUGUGGCAUCGGGCGGUGUCGUCCUAUGUGUCUUCAACAAUGCGCCAAUAUUAAAAUGUUUGUUUUUGCCAUAUGUGUGCUCUCAGGAGUAUCAUCUACGCUAACUGUUGGAUAUCUAAAUGGUGUUAUAACGACAAUUGAGAAAAGAUUUGAAAUUGGAAGUACAAUAUCUGGACUCAUCGCAGCAUCGUAUGAGUUUGGUUCCCUUAUAUCUGUGAUUUUUGUAAGUUAUCUAGGAAGUACACGCCAUAUUCCCAAAUUCAUAGGCGUAGGUGUCAUAUUCAUGGGAAUAGGAUCAUAUUUAUUUGCAUUACCCCAUUUUAUAUCAAAACAAUAUUCAACGCUUAACACAGACUUACUAUCCAAUGUAACAGAGGAGAAUAUCUGCCGGGCUUCCUCUCAGAAUCAAGAAGAUCUCCUGGCAACAAAGUGUGUUGACGAGGGAAGUGGCAACUGGGUAUAUGUACUUAUUCUCAUUGCGGCUCAGAUUAUGAUCGGCAGUGGAAGUACACCGAUAUACACUCUUGGGACCACAUACGUUGAUGACCAUGUCACAAAAGCAAAAAGUCCAAUUCAUAUAGCCCCAAUGUAUGCCAUGGGUGCCCUUGGUCCUGUACUUGGAUUCGUCCUUGGUGCCGUCCUCCUCCAAUACUACGUGGAUAUCUUCUCCAUUGAUUUCAUGAAGUUGAAGAUUAACCCCAAUGACCCCCAGUGGAUAGGAGCCUGGUGGACAGGGUUUCUCAUUUGUGGAACCAUCUUCUUUUUCGUAUCUAUACCUUUUUUUACAUUCCCAAAACGAAUGAAACUGGAAUUGGAAAAAAAGGCUCUUGGAGAAAAGCUUAACAGGCCUGAGAAAGUACACGAGCUUCUUGCAGAACCUGAGCAAACAGCUUCCCCAUAUGGAAAAAAUAUUAAAGACAUUCCUAAGUCCAUGUGGAAGUUAUGCAAGAACCCUGUGUACAUGCUUAUCUGCCUUGGCAGCUCCUGCGAAAUAGCCAUCGUUAGUGGCUUUGUGGUCUUCUUGUCAAAAUAUUUAGAAACUCAGUUCGGGAUUUCAAAUUAUGAAGCAAAUCUUUUCACAGGAUGUGUGGCUAUUCCUGGUGCAUUUAUUGGUAUAAUUGUUGGAGGAUACAUCUAUCAAAAAUUUAACUUUUCCACCAAAGGUGCUUUACAGAUGACAUUAAUUCUUGGGUCCAUCACCUUGGCCCUCUUUGCAGUGCUCUUUUUUCUUGGAUGUGACAACCCAAAGUUUGCAGGUGCCACCCGUCCAUAUUUCAACAGCUCUGGUCAUCAACAGUUUGAAGCCAAUCUGACUUCCACAUGUAACAUAGACUGCGAUUGUUCGCAUAAUGAUAUAGAGCCCAUCUGUGGUAUCAAUGGUAUGACCUACUUCUCUCCUUGCCAUGCAGGCUGCAAACAGUUUAUUGGAAGUGAAGACUUUGAUGACAAAGAAAAACUUACAAAUUAUAGUCAUUGCAAGUGCAUAUCAGAUUUGUCAGAAGAGGAAACCACCCCAGAGGUUUUGAUGUCACCCCUUGCCAGAAGCGGGCCAUGUAAGAUGUCCUGUAGAACUCUAGCUCCUUUUAUGGUUGUUCUGUUUUUUAUGGUUGUAGCUGUGUCAGCCACCCAGAUCCCUCUUCUAAUGCUCACUAUGAGAUCAGUCAAUGAAGAGGAAAGAUCAUUUGCCCUUGGUAUGCAGUUUAUCAUAUUUAGAUUCUUUGGCUACAUUCCUGCUCCUAUCAUGUUUGGUAAUGUCAUCGACACUACAUGCCUCCUAUGGCGUAAACAGUGUAACAUUAAUGGAAACUGCCUGAUGUAUGACAUUGUCAACUUUAGAUACAAAUAUUUAGGUGUUACAGCUGGCCUGAAGUUUGUUGCCAUGAUGUUCUUCCUCAGUGUCUGGAUCAUUGUGAAGACACAACUUAAAAAUAACUCUGACGGAGCUAUGGCUGUUGAUAGCACUGCAGGAAAUGGCAGGGGACCCGUCUCUGACGCAACCACUCCUACAGCAGAGGAGGAUCAGACCCAACAGGCAAACCCUCUGAACCUUACAAAGAAACAGUUGAAAUAUCUUCACAACAGGCAGUUGAAUAGUAGCUCAAAUGAUGAAGGACGGAGAGAAGUGAGAGACUACAGUAAUGAUGUAUAUGGAGGAACCCUUGCGUAGGAAACCAUAGUAUAAAGGCAAACCCAAUUUAAGGCCUGAGAAAAUAGCCUUCAUAGUCACUGGAAGGAUGGUAGAAAACUAGAAAAUUUUAGAAGAAGAGUUGGCCUUUCUGUGUCCCUGCUAAAAUAGUAUUGCUGUGAAAUGAUUUACAUGUCCAAAUUAGUUCUAAUUACAAUGGGGAUUGACACAUCAUAUAUAAACCAGUAGAAAUGAAGCUUUCCUAACCCUACUAGUUACCUGCUUUAGAUUUAAUACACAAUGACCACUGAUUAUGGGAAAACAUAUCAUCUGAACAAACCAUGAUAUUAGUAUUGGACCAUUCUGUAGUGUUGAUAUAAUUUUUUUAGUUUUAUAUUUCCACAUGACCCAAACAUUUGUAUAAGACAAGUGUUAUAAAUGGUUUGAGCUGUGAAGUCAGGGUGUUCCACAUAGCCACUAUUCUGUUUAAACUAUCAGCAUCAAUGAACAAUGAAAUAUCAGACAACUGGUUGCAAAACGUAUAUGUAAGACCCAUACAAUGUUCAAAUCAUAUUUUAUAUUUUGUAUGGAUACAUGUAUUGUACAGAUGUUAGAGUCAUGUGCAGUUGUUAACCACUUUGAUAUUAUUUGCUUUUUGUUUUUAUACACUGUAAAUGACAAGCACUCAAGUGGAUUAUUUGUUUUGAUACAUUUGAGAAGCAGUACUGUGCCAUGCAACAAAAAUACCUGUGAUGAAGAAAUCAAUGUUCAAUGAAUAUAAAGUAUUUAAAUAGUAAAUAUUAUAUAUUAUUUUGUUAAGUUUGCAAAUGGUAUAACAUGUAGUGUAGUUUUAUAUGAAAUCUUCUUCAUCUUAGAUAAAAACAAGUUAUAAAUAGAAUCUGAUAAAAGAACAGGUGAUUUCAUUCUGUUUCAGUAAUAGGGAAAGCACAGCUAAGACAAAGAGUAGUGUCUCUAAAUUAGAC